AAAUCUAAUCUAUUUCUCCUUGUUCGAAUUCCGUACAUGUUUUUUCUUUUCUUACGAUUCUGAUCAUUCUUUAUCGCCCUUCUCUAUCCAUCGAGUUUGAGUUUCCAUUGAUUCUGUUUGAUGAUUGCUAGCUUUUUAUAAGAGCAAUGAGUUAUUCUGGAGCCGGACUCGGAAAGCCUGGCUCAGGUAAAAGGAGAAUAAGGGACCUCUUAACUCAGUCUGAUAACCGAGUAUGCGCUGAUUGUGGCGCUCCAGAUCCUAAGUGGGCGUCAGCUAAUAUCGGAGUGUUUAUAUGCUUAAAAUGCUGUGGUGUGCACCGAAGCCUUGGCACUCAUAUCUCAAAGGUCUUAUCCGUAACAUUGGAUGAAUGGUCAGAUGAAGAAGUCGAUUCUAUGAUCGAAAUUGGAGGUAAUGCCUCUGCAAAUUCAAUUUACGAGGCGUUUAUACCUGAAGGAAGCUCUAAACCUGGACCUGAUGCUAGUCAUGACCAGCGUAUGAGGUUCAUUAGGUCAAAAUAUGAGCACCAAGAGUUUUUGAAACCAAGCUUGCGGAUCACAUCUGUGAAGGGGUCUAGUACAAAGAGUUCAGCACAACUUUCAUCAAGUCUAUCUAAAAAGAUUAUUGAUAGCUUUCGCACAAAUUCAUCAUCACAACACCCGCAACUUGAAGGCAUGGUCGAGUUCAUUGGAUUGUUGAAGGUGACUAUCAAAAAGGGUACCAAUUUAGCCAUCCGAGAUAUGAUGUCAAGUGAUCCCUAUGUUGUGUUGACUCUAGGACAACAGAAAGCUCAAUCUACUGUAGUGAAGAGCAACUUAAACCCGGUCUGGAAUGAGGAACUCAUGCUCUCUGUUCCUCAUAACUAUGGCUCAGUUAAACUGCAAGUGUUUGAUUAUGACACAUUUUCUGCUGAUGACAUAAUGGGAGAAGCUGAGAUUGAUAUCCAACCUCUGAUUACUUCUGCAAUGGCUUUCGGAGACCCUGAGAUGUUUGGAGAUAUGCAGAUUGGAAAAUGGCUGAAAUCGCACGACAAUGCUCUUAUAGAAGAUAGCAUCAUCAACAUUGCAGAUGGGAAAGUGAAACAAGAUGUUCAAAUCAAGCUUCAGAAUGUUGAAUCUGGUGACUUAGAACUAGAACUGGAGUGGCUACCUCUUGACCAAUAAAUAAUCAACUUAUAUAAUAGGGGUCAUUAUAUAUAUUAAACAAGUCUUAUUAUUGUAUUCAUUCAUUACAACAUUUCCCCCUUGGUUCUUGUUUGAAAUUUUUGAAACUUCGAUCUUGAAAACUCUCUUUGGUAUUUGUUGUAACGUUCUUUUUACAGAUUAGACUUUUGUACAACUUGAAUGAUUAUAUGCUUUAUUGAUU